AUGCAUUCUCUUUUCAGCCCGAAUAUUGCCAGUCGUAUCUUAGCUACACUGCUGAGUCGACGAGCCAUCCAUGAUAGAUUGUGUUGGAGUCCAGAAAAGAGAGGUCGUUUUACGGUGAAGACAACGUAUUGGAUUGCCCGUGAAUCUGUACUCGGAAAUGCUCUAACUAGUACUUCGAGUGGAGAUCCCUUUAGUAUGUUGUGGAAGACUAUAUGGAGAGCAAAGGUUCUUGGUAAAGUGCAGAUAUGCAUUUGGCGAGCUGUAAACAAUCUCUUGCCAACAAGAGCCUAUCUAACAACAAAGGGAUACACAGUUGAGCUCCUAUCUUCCCCUCCUCUUAAUCUCCAGCAAUCCUUGCUACCUUCUAUAAACUUCAAAGAAUGGCUAUUGGAUUGUGCACUGAAUCUGAAUCUUGCUACCUUUGAAAAGCUGAUGAUGGUCUUAUGGUCUGUGUGGAAGAAUCGAAACAGUAAGCUCUGGGAUGGUGUUGCUCAAAUUCUUCUAUACUCUAUGGCCUGGUUGGAAGAGUUCCACAAAGCUCGUGAUGUGCACAAUAACACUGGUGUAGAGAUUAAGCAUACCUCUCGUACUUGUAACAAUGUGGCAAAUAGAUUAGCUGCUAUUGCUUUUGAAUCAAACCAAUAUGAGGUCUGGUUGUAUGUACCGCCAAACUCUAUUACUAAUGUACUCCAGCAUGACCUAGCUCAUGCUGCUUAA